UGUGACCAGCUCCCCCUGCGUGUGUCGCUUCAUGUCUCGUCCUCCUCUGGCCAUUGGCUGACUUUCUAUGGCUGUUUUUCUUUCGCUGUUGUGUAGCGUCGGCGGGUUAGCCUUCAGCUCUCGUCCGCUGCUAGCUGAUGUGUAGCUAUAGUUAUUGCCUCCCAGCGGUGGAAAAAGUAUUCAAAUCGUUAAACGAUUCCUUGAGUGGUUUGAGAGCUGCGAGUGGCUCUCAAGGCAGCAUGGCCCCCAAGGACAUCAUGACCAAUUCCCAUGCCAAAUCCAUCCUUAAUGCCAUGAACUCUCUCCGCAAGAGCAGCACACUCUGCGAUAUAACGCUACGGGUGGAAAAUGCGGAUUUUCCAGCUCACCGGAUUGUCUUAGCAGCCUGCAGUGACUAUUUCUGUGCCAUGUUUACCAGUGAGCUUGCAGAGAAGGGCAAAUCCUUCGUGGACAUCCAGGGGCUGAGCGCGUCGACUAUGGAGAUCUUGUUGGACUUUGUCUACACAGAGACGGUGCUGGUGACGGUGGAGAACGUGCAAGAGCUGCUCCCCGCGGCAUGCCUGCUGCAACUUAAAGGGGUGAAAAGAGCCUGUUGCGAUUUUUUGGAGAGCCAACUGGAUCCGUCCAAUUGUCUGGGCAUCCGCGACUUUGCCGAAACGCACAAUUGCCUGGACCUGAUGCAAGCCGCCGAGCUCUUUUCCCAGAAGCAUUUCUCUGAGGUGGUUCAGCAUGAGGAGUUCAUGCUGCUGAGCCAGGCAGAAGUGGAGAAGCUCAUCAAAUGUGACGAAAUACAAGUGGACUCGGAGGAGCCCGUUUUCGAAGCGGUGCUCAACUGGGUCAAACAUAACCGAAAAGAGAGAGAGCCCUAUUUGCCCGACAUGCUGGAGUUUGUCCGAAUGCCGUUGCUGACCCCCCGCUACAUCACGGACGUCAUCGAUGCGGAGCCCCUGAUACGCUGCAGUCUGCCCUGUCGCGACCUUGUCGACGAAGCCAAGAAAUUUCACCUCAGGCCGGAGUUGAGGAGCGAGAUGCAAGGCCCGCGCACACAAGCCAGAUUAGGUGCCAAAGAAGUCCUGCUGGUGAUCGGCGGCUUCGGCAGCCAGCAGUCGCCAAUUGACAUUGUGGAGAAAUAUGACCCGAAAACUCAGGAGUGGACCUUCCUCCCGAACAUUGCCAGGAAGCGGCGCUACGUUGCCACGGUGUCUCUCCACGAUCGAGUCUACGUGAUUGGAGGCUUUGACGGGAGGUCCAGGCUCAGCUCCGUGGAGUGUCUGGACUACACGGCGGACGAGGACGGCGUCUGGUACACCGUCGCCACCAUGAAUGUGCGCCGUGGCCUGGCUGGAGCCACAACCCUUGGAGACAUGAUCUACGUUGCCGGCGGCUUCGACGGCAGUCGACGCCACACCAGCAUGGAGCGAUAUGACCCGAACAUCGACCAGUGGAGCAUGCUGGGAGAUAUGCAGACGGCUCGAGAAGGCGCCGGUCUGGUGGUGGCCAGCGGUCUGAUCUAUUGUCUCGGAGGCUACGAUGGACUUAACAUACUGAAUUCAGUGGAGCGCUACGACCCCCACACAGGCCACUGGACGAGCGUCACCCCGAUGGCCACCAAGCGCUCGGGGGCAGGCGUGGCUUUACUCAAUGACCACAUCUAUGUGGUGGGAGGCUUUGACGGGGUUUCCCACCUGGAUUCCGUUGAGGUCUAUAACAUCAGAACCGACUUUUGGACCACUGUGGCCAGCAUGACCACACCUCGAUGCUACGUGGGAGCGACCGUCCUCCGAGGACGACUGUAUGCCAUCGCCGGAUACGACGGCAACUCUCUUCUCAGCAGUAUCGAAUGUUACGAUCCCGUGAUCGAUUCCUGGGAGGUGGUUACCUCCAUGGUGACGCAGCGGUGCGACGCGGGAGUCUGCGUUCUACGAGAAAAGUGACCUGGCCAUGUGAAGUGCCAGACUUGAAUGCGAGGCCGCUUGAACAGACAAUUUGUUCAAUUGCUCGGCGGCUCGAUCGAGGGAAUGUCCAAAAUCACAGCUCUCAUUCGCUGGACAUUUAACCCGUAAAUGCGGGGCCCACGAUUGAUUGAUCGACGGCGAUCCCACCGCCACCUGCAUGGCUCUCCUUAGUGCCACUCGUUCCUGUUGUUACUUUGUGAGAUUCUAUAUUUGUACACGUCCUCAGAAAGCGAUGCUGCUAAAUGCCUUAUGACCUAGCUUGCGUCGCAUGGUGACCAUUCAUGCUGCCUCUCAGUUUGAUGGGCCAUUUGCUUGUUGUUGAGCAUUUGCAGAGUUCCGAGCAACCCUCGUUAUCGUUCUCUUAGUAGGAAUCGCCUUGAGACUCAGAUCCCAUUUAUAAAAUGACUUUGUUCACAUCUGGACUAAGCGUUUGAGAAAAGAACGGAAUCUGAUCCGCUUUAGUUGGAUUCUUUUCUGUUUUGUUAAUGACCGCCAUUUGAGGUACACGGCAUGUCAUUUGUUUCCCUCGAGCAUUUCAAUUGGAGUACGUUUACUUCCAACCGUCCAACACGGUUCCUCAGAAAGAAAAUAAACCCACAAGAGAAGUGUAA